AUGGAAGACAGUUCGAAUUCAUCAAAUAAUUUGACAUCGAGAAAGUGUGGUAUUUGUUCAAAAAAUCCAGGUGUACUCGUAUGUGUCGGAUGUAAUCUAUUGUUUUGUCGGCAAGACUAUAAUGACCAUCGUCAAAAGUUGUCGCGCGAAUUAAAAACUAUAUUAUCCGAACGUGACUUGUUAGAACAGAAGUUAAUUGCAGCAGCAACUACAGCCGUUGCACCCGUAUCUUCUUCCAAAAUACUGGGCGAUAUCGAGCAGUGGGAGAACGACAUGCAUGCUAAAAUACGAGCAGCUGCAGAUUGUGCUCGAGAAAAAGUGGAUUAUUUAAUCAACAAAGACAAAGACGAGCCUGUACGUCGUUUAAAAGCAAUUUCGGAUGACAUUCAUCCUCGCAUUAGCGAUGAUGAAUACGUUGAAAACGAUUUGGUUCGAUGGCGGAAAGAAAUUCAACGAAUACAAAAUGCGAUCACAGAACAAGUGCCAACUAUUACCCUUGAUACUAAGCAAAGUCUGUCGAUUAACUGGAGUCGAAUAAUAAAUGUGCAGCAAAUGAAAAAACCAAAUGACGCUCUACAUAGUGCGACAUCGAUGGAAAAAUUAACGAAAAUAAGUAAAAAAACAGACGUACAAAUAGCCACGUCGGUAGAACAAUCAAAAAAAAACAGUAGCAGACCACAGACAGCCAUAUCAGAACACAAACUAGUUGUAAAUAUUGAUAAUAUCAAAACAGAGCCCAAACUACGUGUGAACAUUCGUGGAAUGUACCUUGCUGCAUCUGCCGACCAUCUCAUCUGUUUUUCUGAACAAAAACUACAUUUAAUAGACGCUAGCGGAAAUGAAAAAAUGACACAUGUGUGGAAUCAUGGUGCGACUGAUGCUUGUUGGUCAGAAUUUUUGAAACAGUUUCUUUUCUUUGGGAGUAAUGGAGCACAAUUAUAUGCAUUUGACGUCGAAACGCAUAAAGUGCGUGCAGUACAGAAGUUUGCUAGAGCGCGCUCUCUUUGUUCAUGUUCACGUGAAAAACUCAUUAUAUCCGGUUACGAUCAUGACACAACCAGUAGUUGUAUCGAGGAGUAUGAAUUGACCAAUUGGAAGUAUAUUCAAGAAUGGCAUCCACCACACUCAGCAAGAAAAGGUGAAAUUAUUAGACAAAUUCGCUUUAGUUCAACGGGUUCACAAACUGGUUUGAUAAUCGAAAGCAAUCGCUCGCGUUUUGAGUUACGCGAUCAGUUAAUGAGAAUUCUUCGAUCUGUUACACUUGAUGAAAAUUCUUUUGACUUUGAACUAUUAGCUUUUCCAAACAGACAAUAUUUGAUUAGUUCAAGAGAACGGAUUAAAUCCACUAAACUAAGUGAAUCGGACACAUUAAACACUAAAUUCUAUUUUUUUGAUACUGAUGGUCGACUGAAAAUAGUUCGAUGGGAAAAAAAUUCCUCUUCGACACACAUAGCACUGAUGAAUCAAAUAUGUCUUGUCACUGGAGUUGAACAUGAACUUCGGUUUUAUGAUUUAUAA